AUGCUGGUCCUCACUACGAAGGCCAUCCCAGAGUCUGUUAUUGGCCGCCGAGAAGAGUCGGGACCCACUCCCGUUAUUCCUGCGACCGCCCGUAACAGAUGUGUUGUUUCUCAACAGUUUGCAGUCCCUAGGCCUCCUCUUGUCCCGUGUCCUUUUGUUGCUGCUGGAUCCCAGGUGUUGUUAUCUAAACAAGGUCCCCGGCGCAGAAUACAAAGCUCUCAGUUGAUGCCUGUCGAGGCGGGAGUCAGAAGACUCGAGCGCUAUCUGCUCAGUCGCCGCUGGGUGGCUUCCGAAACCUGCCAGGAGCGGCCGCCGCUGAGCCUGCAGCUGGCGGAGAGCGUGUCUCUGGGGGCGCGGCUCGCGCUCUCGCACUGCCAGCAGCUGUUCCGCUGGAGGCCCUGGAACUGCCCGGCCGCCGACUUCAGCCUGAGAGCGCAGCGGCGCGUGACGCGGGAGGCGGCGCUGGUGUCGGCGCUGACGGCGGCCGGCGUGGUGCACAGCGUCACCAGGAACUGCUCGCGCGGCGACGUGCCGGGCUGCGGCUGCGACGACCGCCUGCCGCAAGGGCUCUUCUACCGCCGCGCAGGGAGCGGAGGCUUCGAGCAGGAGGAGCGUCAGCUGCCGGCCGGCGAGAGUGAACCUGAGGAGUACGCCUGGCAGUGGGGCGGCUGCAGCGAGGCGCCGCUGUACGGCCAGGCGGUGGCCAGCAGGUUCCUGGACGGCAGCGAGCAGCCCAUGGACGCCACCGCCAUCGCGCGCCGGCACAACCACCGCGUCGGCAUCGAAGUGGUGCGAGGCAGCAUGGAGACGCGGUGCAAGUGCCACGGCACGUCGGGUUCGUGCAGCGUGCAGACGUGCUGGCGGCUGCUGCGGCCCUUCCACCACGUGGCGGCCCGCCUAGAGCGCCUCUACCACGACGCCAUCCGGAUUAAUUAUGACGAGCAGCUGGGAAGCAUUGCAUUGGGAAAUUCUGCCACCAUGGACCAUCCUGAUGUGUCACCAGAACAGCUCAUUUACAUUGAACAGUCACCAAAUUACUGUCUUCCAAACAGAACAUCAGGAUGGCAUGGAGUGAGGGGAAGAUCAUGUCCAAAAGAAGUUUUGGACUCUGGAGAGGUCAAAGACCAUUGCCGAGACCUCUGUGCAGCAUGUGGUUUUGCAGUGUCACAGGAUGCCAGGAUACAGACUGUACCUUGUCACUUUAUCUUCAACGACGGCUUCAUGGGACCCGCACAGACAGUGAGUGUCACGGGCACUCAGCUUGGCAACACGGAGUUCGAAUUCUCCAGAAGGCGCAACGCGGACCACCUUGUACGCUCAGAGGUGAUCGAGGAAGGCAUCGCAGACUGA